AUGGUUGCGGUCGGCGAACCGAGUGUACAAAGUUUGGACGAGGACAGUGACUCAGUCACUGUUCCUAAAGGUCAAAUUGCGUGUGGGACGAGAGACGAAGCUGGAAUCGACGAAGCUGGGUCCAGCUCGUGGCCGUGGCAGGCUGCCGUUCAUCGCAUCACGAGGGGAAGGAAAAUUUUCAUCUGCGGAGGGGCCCUCAUUCGGAUGGAAUGGGUGCUGACCGCCGCUCAUCGCUUCGCCGGGGCUGGGUCUCCGAGGGACCCGGGGGAGGUUCGGGUCCGCCUCGGGUCUCAGCGCUUUCGAAACGACUCGGCGGAGGAUGAAUUCGUGCAGAUCAGAGAGGUGUCUCAAAUCGUCCUGCACGAAGAAUUGAACCGGCAGAACGAGGACGCGGACGUUGCCCUCUUGAAAUUGAAGGAGCCUUCCGUGUCGACCGACCGAGUUCGGCCGAUCUGUCUCCCGACGCGAGAUCAUCUCUACGACCUCAAAAAUUCUCACGAAAUGCAAGCAUGGGUUGCCGGCUUGGCCUUCAAAACCGCGGAUCCCGACACGAUCUUCCUCACGGAAGCGAAACUCCCCAUCUCAUCCAACCCGGAUUGUCGCGAGCUCAUGAACUCGUUCGACUGGAACAGGGGAAGCACCCUCACUUCCAACCUGUUCUGUUCCGGUCACGAUGAGGAUCCACUUCCUGAAGGGACAGCUGGGACUCACAUCUGUCGGCUGGGAGGUCUGGAUUCUCGAAUCGACAUCGUCGACCAUCACGUUUCCUCCACCUUCUAUUACGACGAUGCUCUCGUCCCGGAAGGCUACGUGUUCGCCACGGCGACGACAGGCAAGUUUCACUUCCUACGGAAGCCGAACGGGUCCUUCGCGUUCGCCGACGCUUCCGACGCCUGCGAGGCAGACGGACGGGGUCGCAUGGUCGCGGACGACCGAGACCGAAACUGGCACGAUCGCAUCGUUUCCUACAUGGGGUCGGAGCAUACGUGGCUUGGGGCAGAUGACAGGGACGAGGACGGGGUUUUCACCUGGGUCCAUGGCGACGUCGUGUCCAAUUCCCUGCCUCAUUGGUGUGAGGCCGAACCGGAUUUUUCUGAAAGGGAAGGCCAGACGGAGCGAUGCCUCGAGAUGGUGGUCAGAUGGGGCUUCGAUGCGGCGGAUUCCGGCUUGGCCUUCCUCACAGAAGCGAAACUCGCCGUCUUAUCGAACGCGAAUCGUCUGUUCAUGAAUGAAUCCGACUAG